AUGUCACACGUCUGGUUGACAUUAGCACUGUGCCUGAUCUUCAGUGGAGUUGUGCAUGGAGGAGGUGAAAUUGAUUACACCUGCAAGGAUUUGGAAGAUCAAAUGAUUGAUUUGCUGAGUUAUGUGUAUUAUCUGUCAAUAAGAUUGUAUUUUUUGGAUUCAGUGUUCGAAAGGACGAGAACUUGUGGCCAAUCCAAAGAAGCGGCUUUAGAGAUUUUGGCCUUCCUAAAAUAUGGAACAGGGGGAGAACAAUAUAAACAUCCAUUCUGUGAAGACGUGAAAUUCUUAAAGAAUAUAGGCGGUUUGUCAAACUCUGUCUGCAUCCAGUGGUGCCAGUGGAAGCUGACCUCUGUUAAGUUCAGUAACCUUCCUAAAGUGUUUUAAAUGUAUGUGAAAUACUGAAAGCUCGAGAUGGCUAUUAAUUAUCUCCGUCUAUUGUCAUAAUAAAAAAUUACUUUCAUCUCGGACAGUAAAAUUAAUGUGAAAUGUUACUUGAUGUCUUUAUGUGUUAAAC